GAAAUUCAUGUUACAUCCCAUGUUACUUUCUACACCUCUCUUUGCUUUUGGUUUAGUCGCUCUCACUCCCAACCAAUACGGCAGAAACUAAAUAGAAUGUGUAACUUAUUAUUCACCGUGCAAUCUUACAAAUUUUAUAUUCACUCUUUAGAUCUAGAUUCUCUGCACUAAUACUAUACUAUAUAUUUACUAGUUUUGAAGUGGAACAAAAUUUCAAAUUUGACACACAAAUAUUUCUUUAACUCAGUAGCAGCUAUGGAUUGGUUUUCAUGGCUCUCAAAAACUAGCCUUGAUUCAUCUUUUGUAUACGAGUAUGGACUUAUCUUAGCUCACAACGAGCUUGAAGAAGAAGACAUGUUUUACUUCAACCAUGAGUUUCUCCAAAGCAUGGGAAUCUCUAUAGCCAAACACAGACUAGAAAUUCUCAAGCUUUCUAUAAAAGACAUGAGAAAGUUCCCACACACAGUUGCAAAGUUUGUGGCUGCAAUCAAAAGGACAAAGAAGUACUUAGCCAACUAUGUUAGGAGUUUAACUCAUACCGAAGAAUCAGCACUUGUGGUGGUGCCAAAAACAAGGUCUAGUGGUGGAUUUGGGAGAAGAUGGAAGAGUGGUAUUAUGAAGAGGAACAAAAAAUUUGUGGUGGCUAAAAAAGAGAAACUUUUUCUCACAAAUGGUACAGUUCCUGUUCCUGCUUUGUCUGGUGUUCUUGAUGGUUUUUCUAGUCCUGUUAUCUAUCAUUUCCAAAAGGAACAGAAGAUCCAUGUUGGUGACAAUGGCGAUGAUGAUGAUGAUGAUGGUGGUGAUGGAUAUUGGUCGGCUGAUGUUGAAGAGAUUAAGUGGGAUACUAUGUUUAAGGAUCUAAAGCCGAACUAAUUUUUUUUUCCGGAUUAGAUCCUCUCCUCUCCCCUGUUAGAUCCAACUUCCUCUACAUCCUCUUCACUGUAUUUAUCCUUCUCUUUUGUGGUUGAUGCAUCUUUGUGCUUCUAUCAUCUUUUGUGGUUGAUGCAUCUUUGUGCUUGAAAGGGAGUUCAUGGCAGUAAAGUACAGAGAUGGAUACUUCGUUUUGUAGCAAAAAGUAUGUAAUUUUUUGAGUCUGCUGGUCUUGAGUUUAUGUAUUGUACUAUCUCAGAUUUCGGGACAGUACAUAUUUACACAGUUUCUUGGUGUUUAUGUCAUAGAAUAAAUUACGCCUUUUCUCUGCAUCGUCAAAUUAUCAUGUUUAUUUCCUUAA